AUGGCUGCUACUAUUGUGGUGGAGCAAGCCGACAAGGAGGAGCUCACAUUUGAGAAGCUCAAGCAAGACCUUGAUGCUGGCCAUCUAGAGGGCAUUUCCAUCGCCAAUAUUCUUCGGAUCUUGGUUGAAUACUUGCCCGCACUGGGGAAGUUCAAGAAGGAUGUCGACAACCUGCAGCACCUCAAGUAUGCAAAGUGCCGCAUGCAGGCUACCAAGAUGGAGUACCACCCACUUGAGUGCACAGGCUUUGUCAUAUCCAUACAACUCCGGACCUCCGCUCCUGUUCUGGACCUCCAUCUCCUCCUCCAGAACUCCACAUCCUCCACCACCACCUCCCCCUGUUGGUUGUUGAGAGCCCACUCUACCUCUGGCUCCAUGUUAGACACUGGUCUGGGGUCGGCACCGAGGAUCGCCGUUGCGGGCCGCUAUAGGCUGCGAUGGCCGUGA